UGCGCCCGACCAGCCGAGGACCCCGGACAGCAGAGGCCCCGGGACGACCGAGCUGAUGGCGUCUUCGACCCCUUCUUCGUCUGCAACCUCCUCGAACGCGGGAGCGGACCCCAAUACUACUAACCUGCGCCCCACAACGUAUGACACCUGGUGCGGCGUGGCCCAUGGAUGCACCAGAAAACUGGGGCUCAAGAUCUGCGGCUUCUUGCAAAGGACCAACAGCCUGGAAGAGAAGAGCCGGCUUGUGAGCGCCUUCAAGGAGAGGCAGUCUUCCAAGAACCUGCUUUCCUGUGAAAAUAGUGACAGGGAUGGCCGCUUCCGGCGCACGGAGACCGACUUCUCCAACCUGUUUGCUCGAGAUCUGCUUCCGGCUAAGAACGGGGAGGAGCAAACCGUGCAGUUCCUGCUGGAGGUGGUGGACAUACUCCUCAACUAUGUCCGCAAGACAUUCGAUCGCUCCACCAAGGUGCUGGACUUCCAUCACCCACACCAGCUGCUGGAAGGCAUGGAGGGCUUCAACUUGGAGCUCUCUGACCACCCCGAGUCCCUGGAGCAGAUCCUGGUGGACUGCAGAGACACCCUGAAGUACGGGGUCCGUACAGGUCAUCCUCGAUUUUUCAACCAGCUCUCCACUGGAUUGGAUAUCAUUGGUUUAGCUGGUGAAUGGCUGACAUCAACUGCCAAUACCAAUAUGUUUACAUAUGAAAUUGCACCAGUGUUUGUUCUCAUGGAGCAAAUAACGCUUAAGAAGAUGAGAGAGAUAGUUGGAUGGUCAAGUAAAGAUGGUGAUGGGAUAUUUUCUCCUGGGGGAGCCAUAUCCAACAUGUACAGCAUCAUGGCUGCUCGCUACAAGUACUUCCCGGAAGUUAAAACAAAGGGCAUGGCGGCAGUGCCCAAACUGGUCCUCUUCACCUCAGAACACAGUCACUAUUCCAUAAAGAAAGCUGGGGCUGCGCUUGGCUUUGGAACCGACAAUGUGAUUUUGAUAAAGUGCAAUGAAAGGGGGAAGAUAAUUCCAGCUGAUUUAGAGGCAAAAAUUCUUGAAGCCAAGCAAAAGGGAUUUGUUCCUCUUUAUGUCAAUGCAACUGCUGGCACCACUGUUUAUGGAGCUUUUGAUCCGAUACAAGAGAUUGCAGAUAUAUGUGAGAAAUAUAACCUCUGGCUGCACGUCGAUGCUGCCUGGGGCGGUGGGCUGCUCAUGUCCAGGAAGCACCGCCAUAAACUCAGUGGCAUAGAAAGGGCCGACUCAGUCACCUGGAACCCUCACAAGAUGAUGGGCGUGCUGUUGCAGUGCUCCGCCAUCCUCGUCAAGGAAAAGGGUAUACUCCAAGGAUGCAACCAGAUGUGUGCAGGAUACCUCUUCCAGCCAGACAAGCAGUAUGAUGUCUCUUACGACACUGGGGACAAAGCAAUUCAGUGUGGCCGCCAUGUGGACAUUUUCAAGUUCUGGCUGAUGUGGAAAGCAAAGGGUACAGUGGGAUUUGAAAAUCAGAUCAACAAAUGCUUGGAACUGGCUGAAUACCUCUAUGCCAAGAUUAAAAACAGAGAAGAAUUUGAGAUGGUUUUCAAUGGUGAGCCUGAGCAUACAAACGUCUGUUUCUGGUAUAUUCCACAAAGCCUCAGGGGCGUUCCGGAUAGCCCUGAGCGACGGGAAAAACUACACAGGGUGGCUCCCAAAAUCAAAGCCCUGAUGAUGGAGUCUGGCACAACCAUGGUUGGCUACCAGCCUCAGGGGGACAAGGCGAACUUCUUCCGGAUGGUCAUCUCGAACCCAGCCGCUACCCAGUCUGAUAUCGACUUCCUCAUUGAGGAGAUAGAGAGACUGGGCCAGGAUCUGUAAUUGUCCUCCGUAGGACAUGAGUUUAUGGGAAUUCCCUUUCCCCUCUGGCACUCUAGAACAAACUCUAUAAGUUACUGAAACACGCAGGCCAUUUCAUUGAGGGAAAAUAUAAUAUCUUGAAGAAUACUGUUAAAAUCUUACUUAAGCUUCUUGUAGU